AUGGAAAAUCAGGACGUAGAAAGAGAAGAAGGUGAUGUUGGUGUUGAUGGAGGAAACAGAGGUACUGUUGGUGGCAGAUCUGGACAUAGCGGCUGGUUUGAUGGUGGCGAAGCUACUGUUGGCAUGGAUCAGAAACUAAGAGAAACUGUGAAAGAAUCAAAGGCAAACUUACCAGAAACUAAUAACAAAAGCACAACCAAUUCAUUUAUGAAACUAGUUAAAGAUAUCUGGUUAAAAGAGUCGAAGAACAAGAAUUUUGCAUUCUCUCCAUUCUCGUUUGAAGCUGCUUUAGGUUUACUAGCUUCUGGAGCAAGUGGCGAAACCUUAAAACAGAUAUUAGGCGUCCUAAACUGUGAAAGCCUCGACCAUCUGAAUUCUAUUAAUUCUCAUCUCAUCGAGUACAUGUCGGGCAAAACACAAACCAGACCUAAACUGGCUUUCGUUGGCGGUGCUUGGAUUGAUAAAUCGUCUCCUAUUAAACCUUCAUUAAAAGAAGUUGCGCAUGCUAUUUACAAAGCGGAAGCCGAGUCUGUGGAUUUCCCGAACAAGAGCAAAGAGGUGUUGAACAAGGUGAACGCAUGGGCUGAAAAGGAAACAAAUGGAUUAAUUCAAUAUCUUAUUCCAGAUGAUGGAUCAGUCAAUGAGCAUACAAAGUUUAUAUUGGUGAAUUAUGGUUCCAACAGGAGAAUUCAAGAUUCCAAGUUCGAAAUUUGUUUUGAUUUCGAAGCAAAAAGAGUUCUAAAGAAAAUUGGACUAGUUUUGCCUUUUGAUGAAUCCAAGGCAGAGCUGACUGAGAUGGUGAACACUAAAAGUAAGCUUCAUGUUGAGAAAGUUUUUCACAAGUUGUUUGUCGCAAUUGACGAAGAAGGAACUGAAGCUACUGGUGUUUUAGGGGGAAUCCAGCAACGCAUACAACAUUCUCAUGCACCUCCUAUCGAUUUUGUGGCAGAUCAUCCUUUCAUGUUCAUUGUAAGAGAUGAGGAAAGUGGUACAGUGAAGUUCUUGGGACAUGUCCUGAAUCCUUCAUUAUACUAG